AUGAUGCCAGCAAGUGGACAGCUCUCAGUUCCUCCAGGCUUUCGAUUCCACCCUACUGACGAAGAGCUUCUCCAUUAUUAUUUAAGGAAGAAAGUCUCUUAUGAAGCCAUCGACCUUGAUGUUAUCAGGGAAGUGGAUCUCAACAAGCUGGAGCCCUGGGACCUAAAAGAUAAAUGCCGAAUUGGAUCAGGCUCUCAGAACGAGUGGUAUUUCUUCAGCCACAAGGAUAAGAAAUACCCAACUGGAACUCGAACAAACCGAGCAACCAUGGCUGGUUUUUGGAAGGCAACAGGGAGGGACAAGGCCAUCCACCUUAGCAACUCCAAGAGGAUUGGCCUGAGAAAAACCCUAGUCUUCUACACUGGGCGUGCUCCUCACGGCCAAAAGACUGACUGGAUUAUGCAUGAGUAUCGCCUGGAUGAUGACAAUGCCGAUGUUCAGGAAGAUGGCUGGGUGGUCUGCAGGGUAUUUAAGAAGAAAAAUCAUAAUAGAGGGUUUCAAUCAGAAGCUGCUCAAGAAGAAUACUUGACUCAUAUGAGAGCAAGUGGGUCUGCUCUGUUGGAGCCAAAACAAAAUGUGCAAGCACUCUACGAUUUUAACUUUGAUGGCUCCAUGCAUCUCCCGCAGUUGUUGAGUCCAGAAUCAGCAGUGCCUCCAUCCUUCAUAUCACCGCUCUCCUUGAACACUAUGGACAUCGAGUGUUCCCAGAACUUGUUGAGGUUAACAUCAACUGGUUGUGGACUCAUUCAACAGGAGAGGAUGAAUGGUGACUGGUCAUUCUUGGACAAGUUGCUGGCAUCCCAUCAGAGCUUGGAUCAGCACUCUCAAACCAAAUGCCAUCCUUCCUCGCAAGUCGUUGAUCAUGUGGGCACUUCAGCUCAGAAAUUUCCAUUCCAAUAUCUUGGUUGUGAAACCGACAUUUUGAAAUUUUCCAAGUAG